UGACACUGUACCAAUCAAUUCGGACACCUCGGAGACUUGGCAAAGCGAUCAUGGCGACUUUCAGACGGCGAAGAGGAGUCUUGGGCUUUGCCCUGGUCAUCCUGGUCCUGGUGGCAGCCAUUAGCCGAGAGGCCUUUAUCCCGUCAAGACCUACUAGACCUCAGGCUGGAGCUUUGCUGGGCUUGUCAGCUGCGGUUGUAGCACCGUCACGAUCAGAAGCUUUCGAGAUGCCUAACCUGGCGCAAUUCUUCAGCACCGUCGUCCGCGUGGUCACCACAGGCACCAACGAGGCCUUUGAUCCUACAACGGAGGAAGGAGCACAGGCCUUGGGGCUGGCGAGUCCACUUCCCAAGGAAGGCUUCGGAGAGAUCACCCUGGACGAUGUGUUGCCCUUCGCCCUGUUCCUGUUGGUCUUGGUGGUCUGGGGACUUUUGGUGGUGCCCAGCAGCAUGGACCGCAGCGAUGGAGCAAAGUCGGUGCUCUUCCCUUCACAAGUCCCAAAGUUACAGGUCUACGUCCCAGAUGCGGUGAAAGCAUUGCCGGCAGAGGCACCGAUCCUGAAGAGCCGAAGACUACGGGAUCCGGAUGGCGAGUUGCUUCUACCUUUGAAGGAAGCCAAGAGGCCCAAGAAAGGGAAAAGUCCAGCAGGGUUUAACCGCUCAAAAAAGUGAGUUUACUGCCAUAGGACUUGACAGAUAGUUGAAGUGUCGAAGUUGACAUCUGUGAUGCGAUGAAAGGUCGAGAAUGGAAA